UUCAACAAAGUUAGGGAGUAUAUAAAUACUCCAGUUUCAAGAAAGAAAAAUAAUACAAUCAUAUCACACAAGCAAACAUCAACAACAAUGGCGAUUCACACGACAUUAACCUUAGCCAUUAUUUCUUUAGUUUCUUCAUUUGCUCAUGCCUAUGAUCCAAACCCUCUUCAAGACUUCUGUGUUGCAUCAAAUGACCCCAAAGCCACAAUUUUUGUGAAUGGAAGGGCGUGCAAAGACCCAAAGCUUGUAACAGCAGAAGAUUUCUUCACCUCAGGUCUUAAUACUACCAAGUUUCCAGCGUUCGCCGGUUCAACAUAUAGUGCGGCUAGUAUUAACGAAAUACCUGGACUUAAUACCCUCGGCCUCACUUUGAUCCGCAAUGAUUUUGCACCAAAUAGCGUCACUCCACCCCACAUUCACCCUCGAGCAGCUGAGCUUGUCCUCAUCUUAGAAGGAAGUGUCUACUUCGGGUUUGUGACCGUUGAUCCAAGUGACAGAACCAAAAAUCGUGUUUAUGCAAACACGUACAACGCUGGAGAUGUUUUUGUCACCCCACAAGGUCUCAUUCACUUUGGGGCUAACAUUGGAACUGGAAAUGUAAGUACUAUUGCAGUUUUUAAUAGUCAAGAUCCUGGGUUUAAUUUUGUACCAGACCAGCUCUUUGGAUCAAAUCCACCAAUCUUGGAUGAUGAUGUGUUGUCCAAAGCUUUCAGAGUGGAUAAGAAAGUGAUAAGUCAAAUUAGAGCAAAAUUCUCUUAGGAGAAAUAUUUUUGAAUGUAAACAAUAAUUAAAGGUUAUUUCUCUAGCCUUUGUAAUGUUGUAAUAAUACUCAAUAUUAUGGUAUGAUAUUUUAUCGAUGUAA